ACAGAGAAUUGAUUCUAAUCAAUCAUUUGAGUCUCUCAUCGGAAAAAAUGAGGAAGGCUUCUCUUGGCGUAGCUUCUCUUCUUGUCAUCAUGACUGUAGCUUCUUGCGUAUCAAACUCAGUAGCACAAUCUGAGGCCGACGCGAAAUGUUCCCGUGACAUAGACUGUGCAUUCCAAUGUAAACAUGGUGGCUUUUGUGACUUAAAAACUGGACGCUGCAGUUGCUUGCCGGCCGCGGCCUCCAGGAAUGUCGUACCAAUCGUGGAUGCCAAUUGCCGCCGGGACCCAGACUGCGCCAAGGUCUGUCCUCGAGGUUGCAAAAUCACCAACUGUAUAAAUGGCACUUGUUUCUGUGAGUGUUAGUGCCUGGAAAAUUGUUUCAUUCUCAGA